CAUACAAUCGAGAGCCAAAUGAAAAUAAUCGUCAUCGCAUAUUAAUUGACGUGCAUAGAUGACGCGCAGCUGUGUGUGUGCGAGUGUUUGUGUGUGCUAUGUUUUUGUGCUAAAAAUCAUAAUCAACCGCCCACAUGAGCAACUCUCCAAGUUAAACAGUUAAAUAAGCAACAGUUUAAAACUAAUAAUCAUUUGAUUGUAAUAAAGUAGUGCCAUAAGCUGGAUAACAAAAGUUUUAAAAUUUAGCCACACGCAAGAAAUUACUACAAUAAACAACAGACAAAAAAAAUUAGUCGAUGUCGUCACAGACUUAGUGUCAUGCGAGCUGUGGCGUUAACUAAAAAUAGCAAAUCCAUUGCGAAUAUUACGAGCAUAAAGCAGCGAAAACAGUAUUAUAUUGGCAUUCCACAUUGAAGAACAGCGGCAGCAGCAGCAGCAACAAAAACAAUAUAAAUAAUAAUCACAAUAAGAAGGCGCUUAAAUGGAAGCGGGAGCCAUCAAUUUGCCCAAUGGGGCUGGUUCGUCCACAGCGGCGGCGACAGCACCCAGGAAAACAACAAUGGAAAUUGUGCAGCAGCGCUUCAAGGCGGAUGAGACAGUGCACAUAAUAUUUGAGGCGUAUCAAAUCAACAAGCAGGAGCAUGUCGAAGGUCUGUUAGCCUUGGUAUCAUCAGCGUCAGGUGGCACCUACGCCAUCGUUUCGUUCAGCUUUCUGCGCACUCCGCUCACCACCAGCAAUGAGCUAAAGAUAAACAAAGUAUUUUCCAUUAAUAAAAGUUUCCAAAUAAAAAAAGAUGCCAAGGGCUCGAUAUCAGCACUGCAGUUUGAUUUAUCAACGGACGGCGACACACCCAGCAAGUAUUUUUAUCAUCCGAUGAAAACAGACCCGGAUGCCGCAGACUUUGAGGAUUUCUAUGCAAAUGUUGUCUCCUGCAAGACCUCCAUGUGGGAAGGUGAACUGAUACCAGAGACGAUACUGAACUUCAAAUGGCUUGACGAUUACCGUGAGAUUGGCGAAGUGAAGCAGGAGCUCAAGAAGCGCGAAAGCCAAUAUAUAGUCUACAAGGAUAUUAUCAUUUACUGCGCCACCUGGAAUGUUAACAACAAGCCCUGCCAACAGGGAGGUGCACGUGCGCUGGAACGUUGGCUAGCACGCAGUCAAGUGGUGCCAGACAUUUAUGCCAUUGGACUGCAGGAGGUGGACACAACAGCUAAUGCACUAUUCAAAGGAGCCCAGACGCAGGAAUAUGUCUCAAUGUGGAUACGCACUAUGCUGGACAGCGUUCACGAUGGCGUGCAGUAUGAAGCGCUGCAGACCGCCCGUCUCGAUGGCAUCAUGUUAACCGUAUUUGUGCGCAAGUCUCUGCACCCGCAUAUAUUGCGGUGUCGCGCCAAUACGGUACCCCGCGGCGUCUUUUUCAACACCAUGGGCAACAAGGGUGGCGUGGGCGUUAGUUUGCAGUUAGGCAGUGAGGCAAACUUUUGCUUUAUCAACUCGCAUUUGGCAGCGCAUAUGAAGCUGGUGGAUGAGCGUAAUGAGGACUAUAAAGCAAUUGCCAAUAACAUGCAUUUUGAUGAUGGACGCACCAUCAAAGAUCAUGAUCACAUCUUUUGGCUGGGCGAUCUCAACUAUCGCAUUAAUGAGCCCUAUGGUCGCGCCUCAUUGGAGAUGCGUCUGCAGAAUGAUCAGCUGCGUCAGGAGAUGAGUAUGGACAAGUGUUUCUCUGGUUAUACGGAGGGGGAGAUCAGGUUUGAGCCAACCUACAAGUACGAUGUGGGCACCGACGAAUAUGACAGCAGUGACAAGCAGCGUGCGCCUGCCUAUUGUGAUCGCAUAUUGUGGAAGGGCGUGCGCAUUGAGCAGUUGGCCUACAACAGCGUCAUGGAUAUACGCCAUAGCGAUCAUAAGCCUGUCUAUGCCAUAUUCAAGGUGUCGGCAAAGACACGCGACGAGCUCAAGUUCAAGCGCGUGCAGGAGGAGGUGCUCAAGGCGGUGGACAAGCGGGAGAACGACAAUCAGCCGCAGAUUACAGCUGAGACAACUGUUAUUGACUUUGGCCUGGUUAAAUUCAAUGAGCCAGCCAUAUAUGACUUCAAUGUAUACAACAAUUGCCUGCAACAGGUGAACUUUGCGUUUAAGGUCAAGGAUCCGCCCGUGAAUGACAUAUGCGAAAGGUGGCUGCAUGUUGAUCCACGCUUCGAUAGCCUCAUGAUUGACUCGGCACGUCGCAUACGCAUCAAAAUGCUCGCCGAUGCCAACUGCAUUUCAGGCUUGCUGCAUAAGAUAGCAACUACCAGAAGCAGAUGCGACUUUGAUAUACUCAUACUGGAUGUAGAGUCCGGGCGCGAUAUCUUUAUAACCGUCACGGGCGAGUAUCAGCCUAGUUGCUUUGGACUCACCAUGGAGACAAUGUGCCGCACUGAUCGUCCCAUGGCCGAGUACAAUCAGGAAGAGCUCAAGAAUUUGAUGAAUGAUCAAUCACCCACAUACCGUGUAACCAUGCCACGUGAAUUCUUUUUGCUUAUCGACUAUCUGCAUAAACAGGAUCGCCAUAUGGAUGGCAUCUUUCAGGCACGCGAUCCAAAGGAGCCGCUUAGUUGCCACUUCAACGCAGUGCGAGAUUGGCUGGAUACCUGGUCCGAAAGCGAAUUUCCUGGCACACCACAAACAGCAUCGGAGGCAUUAAUGCUGCUGCUAGAGCUGCCGGAGGAGGCGCUGCUGGAACCAUUUGUGGAGAAUCUGUUGCACUGUCACAGCAAGAAUGCCGCCCAGGUCUAUAUAGACAUGCUCAGUCCGCCCAGGCGUAAUGUGUUUAUGCAUUUGUGCAUGUUCCUGCGCGAGGGCAUUGAGCGACAGUUCUACGAGCUGCAUCACGUCGCUGCUCUGUUCGGGCGUAUUCUGCUGCGUAACGUCAAGUUCAGUGUGCGAUUAGAUUAUCAGACACGCUGCACUGAGUUUAUGCGUUACUUUAUCGAUGUCGAGGUCACAGACAAGUAUUCCAGCGGCGGCAGUGACAAUCGUAGACCGAGUGGCGCAAGCGUACAGACAUAAAGGGAAGCUACGGGGCAGGAUGAAGGAAGGAAAUGAAGAACAUUGCAAUUCCACUUGUACCAUAUGCAUACGUACAUACCUACAAACAAUAAUGUGUAUCUACAUAUAUACAUAGUAUGGUUGUUA